AUGAAACCCUGUUGGGGUAUUAUACGGACCAUUAAAGGUACCAUCGCAUGGGUCUCCUUCCUUGGAAUAGCUGGCAUUCUCCUACAAUUGCUGCGCAGCUUUAAGAGUUUCAAUGACAACUGUAAAGAUGGGGAAUCUGCAUGUACAAAAAAGUUUUGGUUAAUUGCUGGAUCUUCACUAGGUGGUGCGCUGUUUCUGGUCAUUGCUUUCGCCAUAAUACGACAUUUCUUGGUACGUAAGUAAUAUUAGCCCUUUCAUUCAGAGCAAAUUCAGUUCUUUUUUAAAAUGAAAAGAAAUCAUUCCACAGUGCAAAACUGAUCCGUUAAAGAGGUUUUAUUUUUAUGGAAACAUCAUAGGAUUUGUUCCAAAGUUUCAAACGUUAGAAUAACUCAGUUUAAGUCAUAAACACUUGUAAUUGGGCAUUCAGGUAGAACCAACGGUCAAAGGCAUGAAACUUAAUAUGUGGUGAGAGACAAUUCCGUUUUUUUAAGAGACUUUUUUGAUAUAUAAAUGGCGUUGUGAUACACCAAGUCUGUUGACUCAGUACUCUUACAUGUAAGUAAUGAGAGUACCAAAACAACUGAAACACACAAAUUUUUGUGUUUGUUUUCUUGAAUAAUCUGCAAUACAGGCUCAUUGUCAAGCAUUGAUUGGGGAUACUAACAGAUCCCUUUUUAAUAACUGCUUUUUUUCAUCUGCUAUUUACACCACUGCAUCCGGUCUUCAGUAACUUUUUGUAAUAAAAAAAACCUCUUGUCCGGGUUUUUCACGAUAAGAAACUGGUGCCGGGUGUAAAAGAUAGAGCUUCAAGGUUGGUCGGAUUCUAAGGACCGUAAAGGAAAAUUAAGAGUUGUUUGAAUACCCAUGUGUUUCCAAAGUGAGAUUUCUUUAAAGAUAGGCCUGUUUGGGUUUGUAAACAGCUCAACCCACAGAUGAAGAAACCCAACAAAAUUAAAUUAAGUAUAAGCUGUAAAUGCCCCCUUUUUACAGGUUACUUGUUUUCCUGUCACGUGUGGUCACAGAAAAUGUAUUUUUACCGGACGAAGCUCCAAACCUCUUAGAGAUAUUCUUCUGUCUGUGGACGAGAACAUUCCUCGCGAAGAAGACCUAACAGAGUUCCAAGACAAAACUUUAGCGGUGAUGAACGACAUCAGGACUGAGCUGGAACAAAUAAUGCAGAGAACAAGAUUCCAGUUUAUCUUCUCCGGAAGUGCGGUGGAAAGAUACGGGAUACCGUUCAUGUUGUCUUAUAAGCCCACAGAUUGUGCCUGUAAUUCAACAUGUCAAACUAAUGCUUUAUACACCGAUCUAGACGUGAUGUUUUGUUCCCUGGCAGACAAAGCGACUUUUUCUGGCGAAGGACACAUUCUUGUCGAACCUUUCGUAACGGAUGAUGCUGGUUUUACUGGCUACGCUAAGCUAACUUCUCUCACUCCUGGCUAUCAAGGAAGCUGUGUCAGUUCAAAACUCAUCAGAGAUCAAGCCAAAGUUGCUGUAGAAAAUACGCGUGUAUCAAAUCUCCCUGGUGUGCCAUGCUGUUGUGGAAUGUACGAUGCUACACCUAAAAUUCAGCUACAUUGCAAGGGACCAGCGAUGAAGAUCAGCAUUAAACCCCUCUUCGAGGCAGACGUAACUCUUUGCUUUCACUGUACCGAGUGGCCUACGUUAAGUGACUGGCCUUCUCGACCGAGGUACUGA